AAAAGAGUGAGGCAGUCAUUAUCAUCCCUGCUGAAGCUGCUCCAGCCCCAGCUGCCUCAGAGUCACCUGCUCCACCAGCAGAAAGCAGCCAAAGCCCAGAAGUCGUGCCUGUCGGGACCCAGCCAGAAGAGCCUCUGGACCCUAUCGGGCUCUUUGUGACCCGACCCCAGGAUGGAGAAGUCACUGUCGGUGGCAACAUCACGUUCACUGCCAGAGUGGCAGGGGAGAGCCUGCUGAAGAAACCAAUGGUGAAGUGGUUCAAGGGAAAAUGGAUGGACCUGGGAAGCAAAGUGGGGAAACAUCUGCAGCUGCACGACAGCUAUGACCGAAAUAGCAAAGUUUACACCUUUGAAAUGGAAAUCAUAGAAGCAAACAUGACUUUUGCAGGAGGGUACAGGUGUGAGGUGUCUACCAAGGACAAGUUUGAUAGUUCUAACUUCAACCUGACAGUCAAUGAAGCACCAAUAACUGGAGACUUGGAUAUUCGCACUGCCUUCCGACGCAUGAGCAUGGCAGGAGGGGGGAGACGGAUGACUUCAGCCUUUCUCAGUACUGAGGGACAUGAAGAAGGUGGAGAGUUUAAUUUUAGCACCCUGCUGAAAAAGAG